AUGGCUGAGAGCAGAGACGAGGAAAAGCCAGAAAUUGACCGCGUCCCAGAGGUCCGGGAGAUCGCCCGGAAAUCGAAAGUCGAACAUGUCGAGACCGUUCCUACGAGUGAAGCACAACGACUCGACCUGAAGCAGAACUCGGUGAUAAGGAGCAUCCUCCAGAAUAAUUUCGGUAAAGAAUCACUGGAACACCAUCGAGCCGCCGAUAUCGUCCCCACUCCCCCUCGAACUCCGAACGUGGGCGAGGUUCUAGCUCUCCAGUCCGAAUCGGUGAAUCCUACGUUAAACAACACUCCGAGUUCUUCUGUCGAGACCAUGGCGAUCUCCGCCCCAGAAGCCGUGUCAUCGUCAAUCAAGGAGGCGAUGCUCACCAUCACGGACGCAUCGCUCCUCAGCAUAGAGGACCGCGAGAGCAAAGCUCACCUCUAUCCGGCGGAGUGCGGCCCUCUCUAUCCGCCCCCCAGUGGUCACCUGACCCCACUAGGAUCGGCGUUCAGCUAUCCGACCCCAACACCGCCAUCCGAUCAAGGUCUCUAUGAGCAACACCACUUGACGCAACUACAGCACCAGCAACACCGAGAGUGGUUAGCUUAUCACCAGCAACAGCAGCAGCAGCAACAACAACAACAGCAGCAACACAUGCAGACGAACGGAACAGGCGCCGUGUCGGCUUCCUCUCUGGGAAAAUUGCACCAUCUCACCGCGGGUUUAGAGCAUCCCAGCACGCAGCAUUCAGCAUUCCAUCCGAGUCAUGCAGCUUCAGGACAACCCCCUCACCCCGCACCGGCGAGCACCUACCUCGCCGGGAACGCUGGACCGCAGGGAGCGUAUUGGUAUCACCAUCAUCAUCACGGAGAUCCCAAUUACCCAGGGACACAAUACCCUCCCUCGCCGUCUCCUGCCCAACAAACGAUGUAUGGUCAGGCUGCUUACGGGUACCUCAAUACGAUAAUGCGACGAUAG